CCCACACACACACACACACACACACCCUCCCUCCCACAGUGUGCUCUGAUUGGCCAAAGGGGAUUAAAGAGAGCCCCUGAUCUGAGAGGAGCAGAGAGAGGGAGAGAGAGAGGGAGAGAGAGAGGGAGAGAGAGAGGGAGAGAGAGAGUGUCUGCCGCUGUCCCAUGGUGCAUCGGGGCACAUGGCGGGGACGGGGGCCGUAGGAGCGUUCCCGUGGAAACGGUUGCCCCGCGCCCAGGUCGUGGUCUCUGUACAUCGCAGGGUCUGUCUGGUGUCGCCUGGAGACCCAAAGUCUCAGCUCAGAGUGAAACGCUCCAGGGAUGUUGAUCUGUCAGCACAGCUCACUAUCUGAACAUGGUGAAUAUUCAUUUGAUUGAUUACGUUUUAUUGAUAUUUUGGGUCAUCCAGACAUCUUUAUCUGACUUUUCAGAUUUUUUGAAUGAAAGUUCAGGCUAAAAUACAUGUUUAAUCUCAGUCCUCCACACAUGUUUCUCUACCAAAUCAUGUAUGACCCUUUCUGAUUCCAGCAUUUAACGCUCAUGUUUGAUCUCUGUUUGACCCGUGUUCCCUCUCCCAGACCGUCAUGUGACACCGCCCACUCCGGCAGGCAGGCAGGUGAGGAGGGAGGAUGAGCUGGAGAUAGACACACUUAAAGUCCUUCAGCUCAGCCACACCAUCUCUCUCUGCAGGUGACGUCAGUCAGUCACAGGCGCCAGUAGAGUCCAAACAGAGUCCAAACAGAGUCCAAACAGAGUCCAAACAGAGUCCAAACAGAGUCCAAACAGAGUCCAAACAGAGUCCAAACAGAGUCCAAACAACAGAGUAGAGUCCGAUAGAGCGAUGGCCCAUCGUGACCCGCCCGCUUUCCUCCACGGCUUCGACCUGGGCGCCCACUACGUCGACCCCCGACCUCUAGGCUCAGGGGUCACAGGCCUCGUCCUGUCCGUGCUGGACCAGCGGCUCGGCCGACGCGUGGCCGUGAAAAAGCUGGCGAUGCGCGACGCGGUGAGCGUGAAACACGCCCUGCGCGAGGUCAAGAUCACGCGCCGGCUUCGCCACGACAACGUGGUCGCCGUGCUGGAUGUCCUGGGGCCCCGGGGACGGCCCCUCCCCCGUGACCCCGCCCGCCUCAGCGCCGUGUACAUCGUGCAGGAGUGCAUGGAGACGGACCUGGCUCGGGUGCUGGCCCAGGGGGCCCUGCCCGCCGAACACGCCACCCUCCUCUUCUACCAGCUGCUGCGGGGGUUAAAGUUCAUCCACUCCGCCAACGUGCUUCACAGGGACCUAAAGCCGGCCAACAUCUUCCUGGACACGGAGCAGCUGAUGCUGAAGAUAGGAGACUUUGGCCUGGCUCGCAUCGUGGACCCUCACUACUCACACAAGGGCUACCUCUCCGAGGGCCUGGUGACCAAGUGGUACCGCUCCCCUCGCCUCCUGCUGUCUCCUAACAAUUACACCAAGGCCAUCGACAUGUGGGCGGCCGGGUGCAUACUGGCAGAGAUGCUGUCUGGACGCAUGCUCUUCGCAGGGGCUCACGAGCUGGAGCAGAUGCAGCUGAUCGUGGAGACGGUGCCGGUGUUGAGAGAGGAGGACAGGCAGGACCUCAUACAGGUCAUGCCCUCUUACGUCUGCCAAGACUGGGGGGUCAAGAGGUCACUACGAGACCUGCUGCCGGAGGUGGACGACCAGGCCAUUGACUUCCUGGAGCGCAUCUUGACCUUUAACCCCGCGGACCGCUUGACGGCAGAGGCGGCGUUGUCCCACCCCUUCCUGCGGCCCUACUCUUGCCCCGAGGACGAACCCAUGUCACCCCAGCCCUUCCGCAUCGAGGACGAGCUGGACGACAGUCUGGUCACGGACACAGCCAACAGCCAGCCCAGUGGACAGUGGGACAGGUAUGACAGCAGCUUGUCUUCAGACCUGUGCUUGCAGCAGCCUGUACCGUGUCUUUCUGGCCACAGACCCUCCGACCGUGGCGAGGAGGAGGAGGAAGAAGAGGAAGAGGAGGAAGAGAGGGUGCAGCGAGACCCCCGGGCCGACUCCCACACGCUCCUGGAGGAGGCGCAGGUCGACCCCAGGAAGUACUCUCACAGCAGCUCGGCCGAGCGCUUCCUGGAUUACUCCCACUCCUCCCUGGACCGUGCCGGAGGGGGCGGGGCCGAGCUGGAUUGUGGUCAGUCAUGUGACUACAAGGUGGGCUCUCCUUUCUACCUGGACAGGAUGUCCUGGAGGGAGGGCAAGCCUCAGCACUACUCGGAGCCCAAGCUCAUUCUGGACCUGUCGCACUGGAAACGCAACAGCCUGCCUCGCCCCUCCCCGCCUGCAGGGGGCGGCGCUAACGACCCGCCCUCCGGCCACACCGGGGAUCUCUUCAAGGAGAUCUCCCGCUGGGUGGAGAGGACGCAGUCGCGCCUGCACUCCCCCAGCCCCCCCCGGAGCCGUUGUACCACUCCUCCCCCCCGCUCCCCCUCUCCACCCACCGACCUCCCCCCCCUCCUCCUCCGUUUUCCUGCGCUGUUCUCCCGUGCUAGCGCCCCCGCAGGGCCUCGACGAGGAGGAGCAGACCGGCCCUCCUCCCCCACUCACACUCGCUUCCCUUCCUCCUUCCCUCUCUCCCUCCUCCCCUCUGAUAUCUCCUCCUCCCUUCCCUUCUUCUUCUCCUCCUUCUUCCUCCUGUUUCUAGGCGACCUCCCGGCCACUUCCUGCCCAGGGUGAGGAGACGCACUUUGACCUGGAUGUGUUCAUCUCGCGGGCGCUCAAACUGUGCGGGAGUGAGGAGGUGGGGGGAGGCGGGGAGACGUCUAAACGGACCGGCAUUAACGGGGUUCCCCGACAACGCCCCCCGCCCCCCCAGACACCCAACUCCUAAUACCAGCCACUGGAUCGAUAAAGUUUCUUUAAAUGUUUGAUUCAGGCAGAGAGACUUUUUUAGACUUUUGUGGUGAAGUUACCAAACGCUACCUUAACCAAUAGCUUCAACAUCUGUGUGGUAGAAGGUCUGGCAUGAGGAAAUACCCUGACAUGGACAUCACGCCAGGUAAAGCUGCUGCUGUUUGCUACAGUGAAGGAGGACAGAGGUCGUAAGGUUGUGAGGUCAGGGUCGAUGAGUAGACAGGCUUAUGGACCAUUGACCAAAUCACAUCUACGAAACCUUGAGAUUGUUUGUUAUUUCUUCUUCUAAUGAUUGUACGUUUUUAACGCUAUGUAAGAUCAAUAUGAUGUAAGUCUGUCUUGCAUUAGAGGGACUUUACAUUACAAGAACACCAGCAGACCCAAGCACUGAAACAAUAUCACUGAGAGGAGGGGAGAGGAG